AUGCUAUCACAGGCAACCACAGGGACGGAAGCGUAUGGUGCAGUUGAAGGGGCGCUGCAGGUGCGUGAGCAAUUGACGGAGGGGCAAACUGGUUUUGAAUCAAUAGGUGGUCAGAUGGUACAUCAAAAUGUUUAUCCAGUGCAGCAGUCGGUUGAACUGGGUGGAUCCGAUGACGUGUCUACUGCUUUGAACCCCGACUCCUGGUUAGAUACAAUUCCAAGCAUCAGCCUUUCAUCUGAAGGAUAUGGGAGGGCUACUGAUGACGAGUCGAAGGCUGAACAAUCGUCAGUACCAUCUGCGCAGAGUUGGGGUCCAGAGCAAUGGACUGCCGUGUCCACUGCUCUGGACCCCGACUCCUGGUUAGAUACAAUUCCAAGUAUCAGCCCUUCAUCUGAAGAGCCUGGAGAGUCUAGUGAUGACGAGUCAGAGGCCGAAGAAACUUCAGCACCAUCUGCUGCGAAACGACAGCGCCUGGAUAGUCCUGUGGAUUUAAAAAGUGUCCUUCAGUAUGGCGGCCUUACAAAUCAUCCGUAUGUUCGGCUGCCACAGCUGGAGGACGGUGUUGUUCUCAGAAAUAUAGAUGUGUCCGCCCUAUCAUCUGGUAGGUGGUCAGCGAAGCUAUCAUAUCAUUGCUACCUAAGCACGUUACGGAAAUUAUUUUUGAAGGAAAAACUCAGCCAGCAGGAUGUAGAUCUUCUCAUAGAUACCGUCGAGCGGCUGGUUGCCAUAACCUGGCUUCAGAGUCAAAAGGGACCAAGAGGUAAAGCACCUAUUCAAGCAGUUGAAACAUUGGGUUGCUAUUUAAUGAUAUUCGAUGCAAUCAUAUGCACUGCCAAGCUUAUCGGCGAGCAUAUGCAACUCGCUGAAUGGUGGGUGAAGUUCACAGAAAGCUUUAAAACGGAUUUCGCAUUGCCAACACACACUAUAAACCCGCUGACGAAAUUUCACGUGCGUUUAGCACACCGAAUUGUAUCUGCCCUGAAUACCUACAAAAAGGGAGAACGCCCUCCGGUUGGGGAAGUAGUGGCGCUGAAAAAGUUGCUAUUUUGCUCUCCACUGGGGAACCACCGAUUAAAGGCACCAAGGUGGGGUCCCUGGCAGCAAGAUGGAGAAUGCUCUUAA